UAUAUUUUCUCUAAUCGCGUUGCGCCAACAGUGAAAAUGUUUUUCCCGUUUGUGUUGGCGUCGGCGUUGACCUUGUCCGCGGUGCUUGGCGGUCCGUCUGGUCCGACAUUGAGACAGAUGACUUACGCAAAAGAACACAAAACCAUAAUGCAAUCAGAUGAAACGGCGCAGGUGAUGGCCGUCGGCGACCGAUCGUCCAACCUGAAAUAUGUGAUGGCGAUCCAGAGUUCGAAGAUUUGGGAGGAGAUCAAGAAACGGUCGUUGACGAUAAACACGUCACAGGGAUUGGACGACGAGGUCGCCGGAAAAUCGCCGGACGACCUGACAGACGAAGAACUGGCACGGCUCAAGCAAGCGUGUCACGACGGACUCAAGUGCGUGGCCGUCGACCAGCUUUUGGUGCUUAAACAGGUCAAAGAACAGCUUGGCGACGGCAAAAUGUCCGUGCGCAUGGUCAUCACCAAGAUCACCCAGGUGCUCACCCAGUACACGACCGAGUAUCACGAGGACGUUUACCAGUACGAGGCGGUCCAACAGUCCGACGAUCAGUCCAAAGUGUACGAGUCGGUGACCACAAUAGUGGAGGACAACAAGGAACUGUGUCAGAUCGACCUCACGCCAGAGACAGUGCAAAGCCACCCGAAUAAUAGUGACGGUAAUACUAUCCCCGCGACCGUUAACAACAACAGUACCGUAAACUACAAUACGAUUGAGAACUACAACAUCAACAACGGCACCGUCAACAGUGCCACAAUCAACAAAGAACCUUCCGACAUUAUCACUGUCGAAGAAUCACCUGAACCCGGAACUCAGGGUAACGGCUCAGACUCAAGUCUAGUAAUCGUUAUUGCCCCUGAAACCGAAACCGCUGACGGUGACGGAUAUACCAAAAAACGGUCUGUAGAUGACCGCCUACCCACAGAACGUACCACCAUCACUACCGGUACUGAUAAUGAUGGUCUGCCUGUUCCCAUAAACGACGUUAGCCAAAAACGAGUCAGAAAAAACCACACACGGGGCAUCGGAACGUCCGACCAGCACUAUGAACCCGAUACGACCACCGACGAUCAACAGCUCAUGAUCACCGACGGACCAUCACCGCACGGCGGUGUCGGUAACGAUAACGGUUCCCGAGGACAAAAAGCUCGACGGCCGUGGCCCAAGCUAACCCGCGGCCGGACCAACGACGACGACAAGAAAAAUGUCUCGGCCCACCGCUCGGCCGACACGAAUUCCAAUAUACACGACCACGGCCACUCGGACCAUGUGGAAAACAACAACGUGAGCCUGAAAAACGGAGUCGAAAACGGCCAGGCCGGCAAAUCCGACUGCGAUCACGACAUCGUGAGCGCGGGUUCGUCGAACAACGGGGCCGUGCGGAAAGGUUACGUGGAGGACGGUACGCUCAACAACGGCAACAUGGUGCAGUACAACGUCAACAACGGUACCAUCAACAAGGGCGAGAUCUCCGGGAGCAAUGCGGACAACGGUAUCAUAAGCGUGGGCACCGUCAACAACGGGCCGGUCAACUACGGUACGUCCGACACGUACGCCAACAACGGAAAACAAGUCGCGAUGAACAGCAACGACGUCCAACAAUAUUUGUCGAACAUCGACAAGAUGUACUCGACAAUCUUAGAACGACUUGGCUGAGUUAAUCGCUUAAAACUCAGUACCUAUCGCCAUGCUAUACAGUACUAUAUUAUAAUUAUUAUUAAAGCAGUAUUUUUUUUUUAUGAUUAAACGAUAAAAAUACACGAGUUCGGUGUUUGAGCGAUUUUUAUUUUCAUUUACACCACGUCGUUACAAUAAUUCGUAUUAUUGUAGUAGGUUAUCAUUGUCAUUAUGUUAUCAUCUUAUCAUCUUAAACAUUAUUAUAAUAUUUUAUCAAAUAAAAUUCUUGUUCUAAAUCAUGAAUACCACGAAUAAUACAUUUUAUAUUGUAUUGUUAUUAAUUAAUUAAUUGUAUUAUAACCUACAUAAUAUUGCUAAUAAUUAUUAAUAUUAUGUUGUAUGUGCUGUACCGAGUCAUCACAGGGCGUAAAAUAUUAUAUUUAAAUAAAUAAAUAAACAAAAAUA